UCUCUGAUCACUUCCUGCUUUCGCCGGCAAUAUGGCAGCGCCCACAGCAAUCCGUCUGGAGUUUGGAGGAGGAGCCGAGCUGCUUUUUGAUGGUGUGAAGGAGCAUCAGGUGACACUUCCAGGCCAGUCUGAUCCCUGGGACAUGAAGCAGCUGCUGGUCUGGAUUCAGAGAAACCUGCUGAAGGAACGGCCCGAGCUCUUCGUCCAGGGAGAGUCCGUGAGGCCGGGGAUCCUGGUGCUUAUCAACGAUGCAGACUGGGAGCUAAUGGGGGAACUGGACUACCAGCUACAAGACCAGGACUGCAUUGUGUUUAUUUCUACUCUUCAUGGAGGCUAACAAAAAAAUAAAUAAAA